UUGGAGGCGAUCCUGAUCCAGUUCCUUUUCUCUAGUCGCUGUCUGGAAUCGGUGACUUUUGAAUCUUAGUGGAGUGAUCGUUAUCUUCAUUCGACGUUGAUUCUUCUCCGCGUUGUUAGUUUGUUACUCCUCCCCCCGGUGCUGGAGGCUCGAUCCAUAUCAAUUGGUUCGAGAUCCGAGCCAAGCACGACUCUCUUUUCACGGUUUGGAAUUAGAUCCUGUGUUGCAGUCACACAUAUGGCAUCGGAUGAGGGUAUGUUGACGGACGGACAGUGGAAGAAACUGGAGUUAGCAACUCUGAAGAGCGCUGAAAACUUGUCAUCCUCCCCAAAGUCUCAUCCUUUAUUCGCUGAUCUCAACAUAAAGUCUCCCACUGGUGGCAAAGGACCCGUAGCUGGGCUCCCUUUUAGGCACGUGCGUCGGACUCACUCUGGCAAGCAUAUCCGUGUUAAGAAAGAGGGUGCUGGUGGAAAAGGAACUUGGGGAAAGCUUCUUGACACUGAUGUUGACUGCUUUGUAGAUAAAAACGAUCCCAAUUACGAUAGUGGAGAGGGAGCAUAUGAUGAACUUGUUGAUUCACCUGUGUCAGACCCCUUGGAUGAUUACAAAAAGUCUGUAGUUUCCAUCGUCGAGGAGUACUUCACCACCGGUGAUGUGAAAGUGGCGGCCUCCGACCUCAGGGAGCUCGGUUCGACUGAAUAUCAUCCUUACUUCACAAAGCGGCUUGUCUCUAUGGCCAUGGACAGGCACGAUAAGGAGAAGGAAAUGGCUUCUGUCUUACUCUCCGCCUUGUAUGCUGAUGUGAUUUCACCUGAUCAGAUCAGGGAUGGGUUCAUAAGACUCCUCAGAUCCGUUGAUGACCUUGCCGUGGACAUACCUGAUGCUGUUAAUGUCCUCGCCUUGUUUAUCGCCAGGGCUAUCGUUGAUGAGAUCCUCCCUCCUGUUUUUCUAGCUAGGUCUAGGAAGAAUCUUCCGGAGUCUUCGAAAGGUUAUCAUGUUGUUGUGACCGCGGAGAAGAGCUACCUCUCGGCUCCUCACCACGCGGAGCUAGUGGAGAGGAAAUGGGGAGGUAGCACUCACACCACGGUGGAAGAAACGAAGAAGAAGAUAUCUGAGAUCUUGAAGGAGUACGUGGAGAACGGAGACACUUACGAAGCAUGUAGAUGCAUCAGAGAGUUAGGUGUCACGUUUUUCCAUCACGAGGUGGUGAAGAGAGCUUUGGUUCUGGCUAUGGAAUCUCAAGCGUCCGAGCCGCUCAUACUAAAGCUGUUGAACGAAGCUGCUGAAGAAGGUCUGAUCAGUUCGAGUCAGAUGGUGAAAGGGUUCAACCGAGUCGCGGAGUCUCUGGAUGACCUGGCUCUAGACAUCCCUUGUGCUAGAAAGCUGUUUGAUUCUAUAGUUCCCAAGGCUAUCUCUGGAGGCUGGCUCGAUGAUUCGUUUAAGGUAACAUCUGAUCAAGAUGGAGGGGUAUCAAGUCAAGACGAGAAGCUAAGACGGUACAAGAAGGAUACGGUGAAUAUAAUUCAAGAAUAUUUCUUAUCAGAUGACAUUCCUGAGCUAAUCCGCAGUCUUGAAGAUCUAGCAACGCCUGAAUACAACCCUGUGUUUCUAAAGAAGCUUAUAACACUCGCUCUAGACAAGAAGAACAGAGAAAAGGAAAUGGCAUCGGUUCUUCUAUCUUCUCUCCACAUGGAGUUAUUCUCAACAGAAGAUUUCAUCAACGGUUUCAUCAUGCUCCUUGAAUCCGCAGAAGACACGGCUCUAGACAUCAUGGACGCAUCAAACGAGCUCGCUCUGUUUCUAGCUAGAGCCGUGAUCGACGACGUCUUAGCUCCGCUUAACCUGGAGGAGAUCUCAACAAAGCUGCCUCCAAAAUCAACGGGGACAGAAACAGUGCGCUCGGCGCGGUCUCUCAUCUCAGCCAGACACGCAGGGGAGAGGCUGCUGAGAAGCUGGGGAGGUGGGAGCGGGUGGAUAGUGGAAGAUGCAAAAGACAAGAUCUCGAAACUUUUGGAGGAAUAUGAAAUGGGAGGGGUAACAUCAGAGGCUUGUCAAUGUAUCCGUGAUCUAGGGAUGCCGUUUUUCAACCACGAGGUGGUGAAGAAAGCUUUGGUGAUGGCGAUGGAGAAGAAGAAUGAUGGGUUGCUGAAUCUGCUCGAGGAAUGUUUUGGUGAAGGAUUGAUUACGAUGAACCAAAUGACAAAAGGGUUUGGUCGUGUUAAAGACAGCCUUGAUGACUUGUCGCUUGAUAUACCUAACGCGAAAGAGAAGUUCGAGUUGUAUGUUGGUCGUGCCAUGGACAAUGGCUGGAUCCUUCCUGAGUUUGCUGCAAUCAGUGAUGAGUGAGUGCGAGUCUCUGGAAUUUCUUUAUAUAUAUUAUGGUAACUAUAUAUAUAUUAUAUAAUAUGUUUUUAUGAAUGAAUUUGUUUGGUAGAUAAAAAUAAGAUGUUCAUAGUUUUUACAUUUGUUUGGUUCUUGUAUUGUGUUGUUGUCUUUGUAUUGAUAUAUCUUUUUUUUAUUAGUGUGUUCUAAUUUGUAAUGGAUUACAUUACAUUAUAAAAGUUGCUCUCUCCUUAAAGCCA